UCUUGUCUGUAUUAAAGAUAUGACUAUUAAUUAAAACUACCAAGUUUUGCGCAAAUAAUGUAACACAUAUUGUUUAAUAUAUUGAAAGUUCUCAAACAUAUGGACUACAUGGUUUUUGAAAAUCAGCCGCUUAAGUUUAAUAACUAUAACAACACGGAUGAAGCGGCCUCUAACGGAAAUGCAGAGACUGCAAGAGAACGACGACGAGCAAGACCCUUUGCAUUCUGAGCAAAUGUUUUUGACAUCUCUUCGCGACAUCCCGUUGUUAAACAGCACGAUAUCGUGGGAAGACACACAGGACGCCCUUAAGUCUGACCCACGAUUCACGGCCGCGGGAGACAACGCAGAAAAGUGGUUUAAAAAGUUCAAAGAGGAGCUUCAAAUGUUUAUGACAUUUCUUCGCGACAUCCCGUGGUUAAACAGCACGAUAUCGUGGGAAGUCAUAAAGGACGCCCUUAAGUCUGACCCACGAUUCACGGCCGCGGGAGACAACGCAGAAAAGUGGUUUAAAGUGUUCAAAGAGGAGCUUAUGCGUGAGGACUUUUUUCAAUUACUCCGCGACAUCCCAUGGAUUCACAGCGGGUCAUCGUGGGAAGUCAUAAAAAACGCCAUCAAAGAGGAAAAACGAUACAUGGCCGUGGAAAACGACAAGCUUCCGGCGGAGAAGUGGUUUAACAAGUUCAUAGCGGAUCUUGGGAGUAAACCAUCGGGUUGUUCCACAGGAUACCAGAUGUGGCAUGCAAACGGCGGUAACCAACCCUGGCUAAAGGGACUGCUUCGUACCUUGGUAUUCAGUCCGUUCAAGUGGUAUCGUGGCUCUUGUUGGAUCAGCGUUCCACAUCUUAUUGUAUUCUUCAUUUAUGCUGCCAAACUAGGAUUUUCUACAUAUGCGGUAUUCACGUUUGGAGUAUGCCGUGAUCAACUAAGCGACGCCAUAACACACGGUCAGGGGGUUCUCAAGAACAAUAUGCUGAAAGCUUGGUCUGCAGAAUACGAAACACUUCCUUACCCGCCUUCGAUUGGCCCUUUUGCCGUCUAUACCAUAGAGGAUUUCAUUGAUAGAAUAAACUUUGCAGUCGAAGGGUUCUAUAAUAUUGAAUACCAAGCUACGGGACACUUCCAGAUACUUCCGAACGACCAAAUGCAUAUGCACUUUAGAUACAUCGUUAUUUCUGACUCCAUAAUAGAGAUCAAAUCAACAAGCUUAGUGCCAUUUUACGGUCUGAAAAACGUUACCAUGAAAGGACAUGCAGUCUACGAAUACGAUUUGCUAAAGGAGUUGGAACAUAACAACUUGACGGACGUAUUUUACAGCAUCCUCGAUGUUACUUUGACUGCAGCGUUGCAUUCAUUACGUGUUCUAAGAAACGGGAAAUUCCUUUGUCUACAGACACAGAUACAUAUAGAGUAUAACGAUAAUGACCUCAACGGUGAAGUUGACAUUGAACUGAAGACUACCACGAAAACAGUCUCAUGUCAACGCCUGAAUAUCACAACAAUUGAUUUAGCGUUGUGUGAAAAGAACACUGGCUGGCAGGCCAUCUGUGUCUUUGUAUUGACUUCCCUAACGAUUGCUUUUGAUGUGUUCAGUUUUUUAACUGGACUGUUGCUGUUGGGUGUGUAUCAUAAUAAGACGAACAUUAAGAAUUUCGGUUCUUAUCUUCUGCGUUGGUGGUCCUUAGUGUCUGUUAUCGGAGAUAGCUUCAUUUUCACUGGACAGAGUUUGUUCUACAGUGAAAACAAAGACCAGGUUGAAAAGGAGCUAGGAAUAUUUGACGAAAUUGCGUUCUUCUACGGCAUAGGGUGUUUACUUUGUUGGCUCGGCGCGAUGCGGUAUUUAAAAAUAAACAAGAAUUUCUCGCUUCUGUUUCAUACGAUUUACUAUGCAAAAUCAAGCAUACUGGCAUUCGUAUUAUGCACCGGGACUCUGUUUGUCGGAUACUGGGCCUGUGCAUUUGUGACGUUUGGAGUUUAUCAUCCAAAGUUUGAAACAAAAGCCCUGGACGCCGAAACGCUGUUUGGACUGAUAUAUUCAGACGACAUAUUCGAAACGGUGUCGUCUGUACACUACGAGCUGGCUGGAAGUGAAAUGUUUUUGAAGGCCAGUGUUAUCAUUGUCAUCUACAGUUUCGUUAUCCUGUUCACUCUUCUGGCGCUUAACCUCAUUAUUGCUCUGAUCAACACCUCCUAUUUAACCAUUAAAGAGAUUGACGAUAAAGACAACUUAGAUCUACAACAGAACAGGACAACGGUAUUGAUGUUUGAUUAUUUGAACAGAGAGGCGACUGCAAACGGAGAGAAAAGAAGCGGAAUAUUUAUAUGGCUAUUUUAUCCGCAUAAAUACAAAAAUUUGACAUGCUGCAAAUGUUGAAAAUCGAUAAACGGCAUAUAGGAUCCGGAGCAAAUCAAAAGACGCAAUUAAUUAAACGAAUAUAGAAAUUUACACGUGUCUUUGUUUAAACAUUUUAGAUGAAUACGUAAGUUGACCUUUUUCUUUAAUUGUUUGUAAAAUGAAUAACACUAUGGUUGAUCGUCUUUAUAAUGGAGCAUUAACUUUAUGGAACCUCCUCGGUUGUUUUGAUUACAGCUCUGCCUAUUUCAUGAUACCAAUAUAUUUUCCUCAUAUUCGGGAGAUGAAACCCGUUUGAUAUUAACCUUCCAUAUGAUUGCUUAGCUGAAUUAAAUUUAUGAAAGCAUCUUAUACCUAAUGAGAUCUUGUCCAUUAUUAAUGAUAUGCGCACGCUACUUAAAAUCUCUGCGUUAAAUCUCAUGUAUAACAUUUUGUCUAUAAGAUAUUAUGCUUUGUUAUUGUGUUAUUAGCGCGUUAAAUUACUUUUUGUACUGAAUAUUCCUAUCGUUGCUUAAGAGUCGUAUGUGUGAGAUUGCGAGGAUAAAUUAUGUCAAUCAUUUUUGUGAAUACAUGUAAAAAAACAACUUUUUAUUUUCAUAGUAGGCAUAUAAAUUCGUAUGCUUUGAUACAUAGGAUUUCAUUUUCAUGUGUGUGUAUUUUUGCAUAUUGUAUGUAAGCACUGUACAUUUUUAUGCGAGAAAUGCAUGUCUGUAAUUUGUAAUAAAUGUUUUAAUAAUACUGACUCCGCACACAGAGAAAUUUACAUAUUAAACAGCUACGUGAUUUGAAAUACCAAAUACGUUACUACACUUUU